GUCUCCCCUACCCAUUCAAUAUCUCAGCAAAGAUGAGCCAACCACCGGAGCUGCUGGGCGAAAACUAUGGCAUCGAUCACGCAAAAACUGUUUCCCGCUCUGACUAUCGCGCCUACCCCAAAACAGGCAUAGGCAGGCUACCGCUGUUGCCGUCUCUUGGCACUGCACGGGACGAUAGCGGUCCAACUGGGGGCCGAGAUAUACUGCUUGUAUCAGAAGAAUCCGAUCCUGAGAACGGCUCGGGCACAGACGAGGGUCAAGGAUAUGUAGAAUUUGACCUCGGCAGUAAAUUCAAUAGCUCUGCCGAAGGCUGGAAACAAAUGAAUGUUUCCUCGCGGUCUUCCGCAGUAGCGGAUACAAAUCACGAAGAAAUGUCCGCCACCGAGGCAAGCCCGCAGCCCAAAAGCGCUUUGGACCCGGUGAAAGAAGACGACUUCUUCAGCUCGGAGUCUGCGGCGUGGAACCAGAUGAAGAAGGUCACCGCGGACAAUUACUACGAUGAAAUGGGGAAUCUCGAAUUUUCGAGGGAUCAUAGUUUCGGCCUAUUUGAAGGUAAUAGCCGAAAAGAAUACACCAAGAUUGACACAGAAGAGCAGUUGAUUAAGUACGCGAGCCUAGACACCAAAACCGACUUCUUGUUCAGAAGCCAUUCUUCGUCCAGGCUUCACGCCAGUGCCUCCGAGGCUUCCAAAGCAGAAGAUUCCGAAGAAGAGUUUGACGACGAGUCCGAAAACGUCAAUUCUGACGAAACUCUCGCUGGCACCCGUGGCAUGUUGAGAGACUCCCAGAAGUUCGCAUACGUUGGCAUCAUUAAGCUCAUCACCGUGGAAAUGGCCACGGACUUGGCCUUGCUCAAUCAAAAGACAACCAACAAAGUAGCCAAGAAGCUCAAUCUCGGCCAGAAGAACUUUGCCAAUUGGACGAUGUAUAUCAUGUCCAAGCUCUUUGAUCAUCUUGAAGUAUCGCAAGCAGAACAGCAAAUGAUCUCGAAUUUAAGCAUGCAUGGCGUCGAAACAAGUGAUCUCAUGAAGAGUUUGCUUCUGUUGGACCUCAAAAAUCCAAAGUUGGAAAAAGAAGUUCAAGGUUUCGAUCUUCGCUGGGUUCUUGCAUGUGACUUGUUUUUACUACUAUUGAGUGAUGGUUACUACGACAGUCGUUCCCGCACACUAUUGUUUCGAUUUUCUUCAAACUUGAACUUAUCGGGUCUCGAGGUAAGGCAAUUUGAAAGAAGACUCAUUGAAAGCUUGGAAAUGGAUACAAGUCAUAAGACCAUUGAGAACAGAGACGACAAGUUGCGUGACCGGCUGUUCAUUGAGAAACACAUUCAAAAGAACCACAAAAAGAAGUUGGCUUAUAUUGGCUUGGCUACCUUGGGUGGCUCUUUAGCCAUUGGGCUUUCGGCUGGUUUGUUAGCCCCAGUUAUUGGUGCUGGUUUGGCAGCCGGUCUUACAACGGUUGGUAUCACGGGCACCAGUGGUUUCCUAGCUGGAGUAGGAGGAAGCGUGGCGAUCACCACAGGUGGUGUAGCCAUAGGUGCCAAAGUGGGAAAUAAGGCGGGUGCAAGAAGAAUGGGCGAUGUCAACACUUUCGAGAUGAAACCACUUCAUAACAACAAGCGCUCAAAUUUGAUCAUCAGUGUUUCUGGGUGGAUGAACGGUGAAAUGGAUGAUGUUCGACUUCCCUUCUCCACUGUGGACCCGGUCAUGGGGGACAUGUUUUCCUUGUUAUGGGAGCCCGAAAUGUUAAGAUCUAUGGGUCAGACAAUAGGCAUUCUUGCAUCGGAGGCUUUGAGCACAUCUAUUCAACAAAUCCUUGGGGCUACCAUUUUGACUGCCUUAAUGUCUGCCAUUCAGUUGCCGAUGCUACUUUCGAAACUUUCGUAUUUAUUGGAUAACCCAUGGAAUGUCUCGCUAGAUAGGGCCUGGAAGGCAGGUAAGAUCUUGGCAGACACUCUCAUCUCCGGGAAUAUGGGGGUCCGCCCCAUCACUUUGGUCGGAUUUUCUCUUGGUUCCCGAUUAAUUUACUCUUGUUUGAUUGAGUUGGCAAAUCGUGGAGGUUUUGGCUUGAUCGAUAAUGUCAUUCUUCUCGGAAAUCCGGCUACAGUGAAAUAUGAUCAAAUCACACUUGCAAGAUCUGUUGUUAGUGGUAGGUUUAUAAAUGGCUACACGCGCAAUGACUGGAUCUUGGGCUAUCUUUUCCGAGCCACUGGCGGGGGUUUGCUGACUGUGAGUGGUAUAUCUCCAAUCAAAAACAUACCCGGAGUCGAAAAUUUUGAUUGCUCGCUGUUUGUUGAGGGUCAUAUGUCAUACAGAAAGGCAAUUCCCAAGAUCCUAAAAGCUCUUGACUGGGAGGUUCUAAGUGACGAGUUCGCGGAAAUUGAAGAGCCGGAUAUUGAGCAAAGAGAACGACAACGAAAGUUGCUUGAUGAGUUCGACGAAGCACGGGCUAAAAUGGAAAGGGAAGCAAAGGAAGAGAAAACGAAACAGAAGUCCUGGAAAAAUUGGUUCAAACCGAAACAAAAGAAUUGGUGGGAGCUAUAUGAUGAGUCUGAGCAAACAGAAGCUGAAAAGACCAAUGAUCAAUUCGAAGAGUAUGACGAACUGGCUCAAAAUGUCUUCGAUGUCAAUGCACUUGUAAAAGAGGUUCAAGACAUCGAAAGAAUUGGGCAAGAGGCAACAGGCGAGACCUUGCAGGAGCUCCGAAACAACACCACUGAACAAGAUCUGCAUUACAGAGUCAAUGAAGAUAUAGAAGAAGAUGCAGAAAACUCAGCGGUCUUUAAGAACUUGGGAACCAAACUAGGGUCUCUUAGGCGUUGA